UGCCGGCGCGCGGGGGCGGGGGCGCCCGGCGGGCGCGGAAGCUCGGGCCACGUGGGUGCGGCGGGCGGGUGUCUGGGCUCGCGGGCGCAGCCACGCGCAAUUGGAGCCUCGGGGAGCGCCGGGGCGGCGGGCGCGCGAGCAGUCACCAUGGCCCCCGCGCAGGUCCUCUGCGGCAAAGCCGCCGCCGCGCAAAUGAGAGAGAGACUGAAGACUCAAGUUGCUCAGAUGAAGGAGAGAGUCCCUGGAUUCAGACCAGGGCUUGCAAUUUUGCAGGUUGGGGAUCGAGAUGAUUCAAAUAUCUACAUUAGCAUGAAGCUGAAGGCUGCUGCUGAGAUUGGGAUCAAUGCCAAUCACAUUAAGCUGCCAAACACUGCAACAGAAGCUGAGGUGCUGAGGUGCAUCACUGCUUUGAAUGAAGACCCUGCAAUUCAUGGAUUUAUAGUACAAUUGCCUCUCGAGACAGAUCAACCCAUCAGUACAGAGAAAGUGACCAAUGCUGUUGCCCCUGAAAAAGAUGUAGAUGGGUUAACUAGCAUCAAUGCUGGGAAACUUUCCAGAGGUGACCUUGGAGACUGCUUCAUCCCCUGUACACCCAAAGGAUGCAUGGAGCUUAUCAGGCAGACAGGCAUCCAAAUUGCAGGUAAAAAAGCAGUGGUGGUUGGACGCAGUAAGAUAGUCGGUGCUCCAAUGCAUGACCUUCUACUGUGGAGCCAUGCAACUGUAACCACUUGCCACACAAAGACUGCGGCACUGGCUGAGGAGGUUAGUAAAGCUGAUAUCCUGGUGGUUGCGGCUGGUAAACCUGAAAUGGUAAAAGGGGAAUGGAUUAAACCCGGUGCUGUAGUAAUAGACUGUGGAAUCAACCAUAUACCAGACAGUACAAAGCCCAAUGGGAAAACGGUAGUAGGAGAUGUGGCUUACAGUGCAGCGAAGGAAAGAGCUUCGUACAUCACCCCCGUCCCUGGCGGUGUUGGACCGAUGACUGUGGCCAUGCUAAUGCAGAGCACAAUAGAGAGCGCACAACGAUUUCUAGAGCAAUGCCAACCUGGGAAAUGGAACAUCCAGUACAACCAGCUCCGCUUACGGACUCCUGUGCCAAGCGACAUUGAGGUAUCUCGAUCUUGCAUACCCAAGCUCAUUGGUCAUCUCGCUAGAGAAGUCGGCUUGCUAUCCGAAGAGGUGGAGCUCUACGGUCGGACCAAAGCCAAAGUUCUGCUGUCUACUCUCAAACGCCUGAAGGACCAGCCAGAUGGCAAAUAUGUCGUUGUAACAGGCAUAACACCUACGCCCCUGGGAGAAGGGAAAAGUACCACUACGAUAGGCCUGGCUCAAGCCUUAGGAGCACAUCUCCACCUGAAUGUGUUUGCUUGCGUCCGACAGCCUUCUCAGGGACCAACCUUUGGCAUAAAAGGUGGAGCUGCAGGUGGUGGAUAUUCGCAGGUUAUCCCAAUGGAGGAGUUUAACCUCCACCUGACUGGUGACAUCCACGCCAUCACAGCAGCCAAUAAUCUAGUAGCUGCAGCUAUCGAUGCUCGUAUGUUCCAUGAGCAAACUCAGUCUGAUCAGGCUCUUUAUACCCGCUUGGUGCCUUUGAUCAAUGGUGUUAGGAAGUUCUCUGAUAUUCAGAUCCGAAGACUGCAGAAACUGGGUAUUGAGAAAACUGACCCCGGGACAUUGACGGAUGAAGAGAGAAACAAAUUUGUGAGAUUGGAUAUUGAUCCAGCUACCAUAACAUGGCAAAGAGUGAUGGACACAAAUGACAGGUUCCUGAGGAAGAUCACUAUCGGACAGUCUCCGACAGAGAAGGGCUUCACGCGAACGGCCCAGUUUGACAUCACGGUGGCAAGUGAAAUUAUGGCAGUCUUGGCACUCACUGAUGGACUAGGGGAUAUGAGAAGACGAUUGGGCAAAAUGGUGGUAGCCUCUAGCAAGAAAGGAGAGCCAGUGACUACAGAUGAUCUUGGAGUGACUGGUGCUCUGUCUGUCUUAAUGAAAGAUGCAGUGAAGCCAAACCUCAUGCAGACGUUAGAGGGGACUCCAGUGUUCGUUCAUGCUGGACCUUUUGCCAACAUCGCACAUGGCAACUCAUCUGUCCUGGCAGAUAAAAUUGCACUGAAGCUCGUGGGUCAGGAAGGCUUUGUUGUAACAGAAGCAGGUUUCGGAGCAGACAUUGGCAUGGAAAAGUUUUUCAACAUUAAGUGCCGGUAUUCUGGCCUCCGGCCCCACGUGGUUGUGUUGGUUGCCACUGUCAGAGCUCUGAAAAUGCAUGGAGGAGGACCCACUGUCACUGCUGGGGUACCCUUACCAAAGGAAUACACCGAAGAGAAUCUUCAGCUCUUGGCAACAGGUUGUAGUAACUUAGGCAAACAAAUCCAGAAUGCCCGGACCUUUGGCACUCCCGUGGUAGUCGCUGUCAAUGCUUUCAAAUCUGAUACAGAGGCUGAGCUGCAACUGGUCAUUCAACUAGCAAAAGAAGCUGGGGCGUAUGAUGCUGUGAAGUGCACUCACUGGGCAGAGGGAGGGAAAGGAGCUGUUGCUCUGGCUCAGGCCGUUCAGAGAGCCUCACAGGAACUGAGUAACUUCAAGUUUCUCUACAAUGUGGAGCUCCCGGUUGUAGAGAAGAUCAGAAUUAUUGCACAGCAGAUUUAUGGGGCAAAGGACAUUGAGCUAUCUCCAGAGGCAGAGCAGAAAGUUGUAGUGUACACUAAGCAGGGAUUUGGAAAUCUGCCAAUCUGCAUGGCUAAAACUCAUCUGUCAUUGUCUCAUGACCCAGAGAAGAAAGGUGUGCCUACAGGCUUUAUCUUGCCUAUCCGAGAUAUCAGGGCCAGUGUAGGUGCUGGAUUCCUGUAUCCAUUGGUAGGAACGAUGAGUACUAUGCCAGGACUUCCUACUCGGCCCUGUUUCUAUGAUAUUGACUUGGAUCCAGUCUCAGAACAGGUGAAUGGGCUAUUCUGAAAAGAAAUGUUAACCAAAGCUACCUGAAGCUUACUUGAUGAGUAAUGCAAACUCAGUUAUCCCCGGAUUUAAGACAAAAUAAGAUAUGGCUGAGAAAAUGAAAUACAUGAAGUGACUGGGAGAAAGGAGCAUUUGGAAACGAAUGAAAUGCAUGCAUUUAUUUUUUUAAUCUGAAUAAAUUUUAAAAAAUUUUUAUUUCAGGCUAACUUUUAGUUCAGUGAGCAUAAGAACUUGUAAAUCUUAUACACCAAUGUUUUUCAAUGAUAUUGCCUUCAUAGAAUAUCAGAGUUGGAAGGGACCUCAGGAGGUCAUUGCUUUUGCCCUUCAUAAUUGCAGAUGGAGCAAAAUACAAAACUCGUUUUUAAUACCCUCUUUCUAGCUCUGUGAUUUUUACUUAUUAAAAUAUAACAAUAAAAUUGCAGUUUCUCAAUUGGUACAGUGUUUACAACAACCCAGGGCUUAAUUGGUUGUUUUUAAAUGUGUUUUAGAGCACAGAUACACCUUAUCCCUUAAAGUCUGAGCACUGUAUCUUCCUAUUGCACUUAACUCUAUAAUCUAUUGCUAGCAUUAAAAGAGAAAAUGUGCCAUCAGACUACACUAAUUCAAUGAAAAGUAGGUAGUAGGGAAGAAUCCCUUUGCUUCUGUUCCUACCCUAAAGUUUCUGACCAUUAGUUUCUGCUUUGAAUUUUUCUUGUGGGCACCUGCACUCUAUCCAGUCUUAAGAAAGCCCUGCAAUCUGUGUUUCUGUUACCUACUAAAUUGUUAAUGGCAGUGGAGCAUAUAGACUUUUGCCUUUUUGGAGACUGGAUCACCAUGCUGUGGCUGGGGACGGGAAGCUGUUCCAUAUGUGGUUUUCAGUAGAUGGCUGAUGAGCGAGGAUGAGAUUUGUAAAUGAUGUAACAACUUUUGUUGAAAUCCCCUUUUUGGUGAGAAAAGACAGCCCUAGCACUGAAUGAAAUGGUCUGUAACAAGGUUUGUCACAAUAGGCCAAAAAAUCACUUCAUAAUGUGAAAAUGUAGUUACUGCCAGACUUCUAAUUAACACUAAUAAAUUGCUAAAAUCC